GAAAGAAGGGAAUGGGGAAGAGGUGGGCGCCUCUGCGCAUGCUCGGCUGGUGCUGUCGGGCCGCUGUGUUUGUGGAGCCACGUUGCCACUUUGUAGCAGAGCGAUCGACUGCGGACUAGCGAAGGGGCGAGGAUGUCUUCCCCUCCCAAGGAGAAGGUGGAAACCAAAGCGGGCCACCCUCCUGCUGUCAAGGCAGGAGGUAUGCGCAUUGUGAAGAAACAUCAAGGCUCUGCGACCCAAUCUUCUGCUGAGAAAGAUAAAGAGAGCGAAGAAUGGGAAAGCAACAGCCCUAAACCAACUGUACCAAUAAUUAUCUCUGGUGCUUUAGCAAGGGGGGAUAAAGACUUUCCUCCAGCUGCCGCACAAGUUGCCCACCAGAAGCCUUAUCCAUCAGUGGAGAAACUGCCUGUUUCACAUCAGAUCAAUCAUUCCAUCCACCAGCCCCGCAAGUGAAGAGCCCAACCGCUUGAAAUGAAUGUACAGAUAUUGGUGCAGAUCAGUAAUCCUAUGGGAGAUAUCAAACCAUUAACCAGUCUUCUAAUGUGUCAGAUAUUUGGAGCAAUUUCUUUUCUCUUUAGAAACAGAUUCAUGAUUUUAAAUUUUGUAAACUUUGUCAAAACAUGUUUGGAAAUUAAUUAGCCAUUUUUUAAUUAAAUUGAUACCUGGGAUAAUAA